ACGUCGUAGUAUGUCCCAUAGCCACAGCCGAGGAUUCUUAAUUCUUGCUAGUGCAUUACUCGGUAUUCUUUAUCCACAACGGUGCGCGACCUACUGCGCACAAAGCAGCGAGCAAUAAAAAUCAAAGAAAGAAAGAAAUAAAGAAAGAAGGACAGAGUUUGAACCAAGUUUUAGCCACAUUCUUCUGCAAUUCCGUCUUGCAUACAGCGCCGUCGUAGCUUUCCUGUAUGGGGAAAUUAGCCCGUGGGCCUAGCAGGUCUUGGCGUUCGGCUUUUGUGCCGACCUUUAACGGCAUAGUCGAGCCCUUCAGCAUUAAUAAUAAUUUGCACUGCUCUUUUCAUUCGGCUCUCGGUUUUCACAGAUCGACGGCCGUCACGUACGAGGUGCUUAUUCACAGUGAUAUACAUUUGUGCAGCUGGAUAGAAUCAUUAUUAAUGUCAUGGCUGUGGGCACUCGUUGUAAAUUCACUUUACGGGCGAAAGGGUCGAAGAUUUGCCAUGCUUUCUCGCGUACCGAGAGAACCGCAUCAGGAUGUAGUUGUACUAACUACUAGUUUCGUGGAACAAAAGGUUAGGCCAUGCUUGAUAUUUGUUAUUAAACUGAUGACAACAUAUCUCCUGCAUGUGCAGGUAGUGGAAUGUAAAUCCCGCAAGUGCAAGAUGUCCCACAAGUGCCAGCAAAUCAUGUCAUCGGCAUUGUGUGCGCUUGCGGUUGACCCCGAUGAGAACUUGAGGCGCUUGGAGUAUGCCAAUAGUAGAUCGCCUCCCUUUUGAGUGAUUAAGAUCGACCCAUUGUUGUAAGUUACGCCAAACAAUGCCCCCAUGAUUGUCGUUCAUUUCCGUCGGCGCAGGGACCCUCCUGUUCCAAGCCUGCGAAAAAAAAACCUUUUUGUCUGCGUGACCGGCCCGACAGUUGCCGUC